AUAAUAAUAAAACGCUUACAUUUGACUUUUGCUUAAACAUCGUCAAAGGUCUUUUGAUCCACUCUGCUUGCUAUAUGCAUUUUUUUCUGCUUACAGUACGUGCUGUACGUGGUUGCGUCACGGAUUUGCCCACGUGUAGAUGUUUAUGCUCCUCGUGCACGUCGGCAGAAGGAGAAAAAGAGGUUUAACAAAGUCCGACUGGGAUUGAGGCAUAUUAAAGAAUAUUUAGGUAAAUUACAUAAAAUAAUAUAGAAAAUAUUGGCAGUAUUUGUAGUGUUAUCUUUGUUAAAUAUUUAAUUAAGCAUAAAUAAGAAAAGGCAUAACAUAUGAUGCCUUCAUGGUACAUGGGAUAGCCCCAAACAGUGGUAAAAAGUGUAUUCCACACCUUUGACUAAACCUUUUACAAAAUGUUUCUGUUUACCCUAUUUAGAGUUAAUAUAUAUAAGGUCUGUGGUGCAUUUGAGUUUAUAAAAAUUAGUACAUCAUGGUGAUUUGUUUGCCCUGACACAGAGAAGUGGGCUCACCAGUCUGACAAAAAUUCUCUGCUUGGAGUAGGGUACAUGUCAAAAUGUAAAACAUAAGAUGGAAAACAAAAUAAGAUUAGACAAUUCUAAAAGAGCCAUAGAGAGUAAGUAAAAUAAAACAAUUUGAUUGACAGUAUACGUUUUGUAAUUGAAGUUACACUUUAAAAAUAUAAAUAAAUGUGUUUUUUCCCGAUGAAAUCGUGGACACUGAACAUAGCAUGCGGAGUGUUAAGUCCCUCCCCGGAUUUGACAAACGCGCACGCACCUUGUGCUUGUAAACAGAAGCUCACACGUGACACGGAGAGCAGAGCCGAGUCGCGCGACCGUAUUGUCUGAACGGACAAAGAAGCGUACUGUGAGCGCGAGCUUCGGCCAGGUGAGCGGCCAGGUGUUUAUGGCAACCGGCGUUAUGUGCGGCAACACGACGCCGAGUUUUUGCUCGUUUAAAGACCGAGGUCUGGGAACGCGUUUGGUCGCUUGAACUUAAUGUCUGAACCGCAAAUCCUUGAGCUCGGUGGGAGAACAUUGUUGACUGCGUUUUCGCUGCGCUCACGCACACAGCUGGUUUACUAAACUGGAGAGCCUUUGUUGUUCCAAGGCUAAAUCUCGCUGAUAGGGAUCCCCCACUCCCUCUGUCGCUGUCGUCAACUAGCAGUAGCCUUUAGCCUCGACUUCAGAAUUUUUCUUUUAUUUCCGAACAACCUCAAUCUGUGCAUUCAGUGGCCGGAUGAGAUGUCAUUCGCCAUGGAGGAUAAUUUGGAGUCCGGAUGGGUGUCAGUCCGACCCAGAGUGUUCGACGAGAAAGAGAGGCAUAAAUUUGUUUUCAUCGUGGCCUGGAACGAUAUCGAGGGAAAGUUCGCCAUAACCUGCCACAACAGAACCGUCCAGAGACGGAGCACUUUUCUGGACUUGGAUUGUAGCCCCGCGGCUGCGCUUCCUGUCCCCGCUGCUGCUGCUAAAAGUUCGGCCAAAGCGAAGAAAGACGAAGCCUGUCAAGCUGGUGAAGUUAGACCGCACUCUGUCCCGACAGGAAACCCCACAACAAACACCAGAGCCGGAGACAAAAAGACUGUAAACGACGAUGGCUUGAAGGCGAUCGAGUGCGUCAGCCUCACGUUAGGGUCCUGGAAUAUUGUUACACCGAAGGAGACGGACAUGGAGAUCCUGGACGUCCCUUCGUCUCCCGAGGACGCAGACCCGGGAGACGGUGAGCUCAGCCUCCGCGAGGACUUCAGCUGGGCCGGCCUGUUCUCCUUCCAGGACCUGCGGGCGGCCCACCAGCAGCUAUGCGCCGUCAACUCGGAUCUGGAGCCCUGCUUGCCCCCGUUCCCGGAGGAGCAGUCCGGCGUGUGGACGGUGCUGUUCGGCGCCCCGGGGAUGUCGCAGCGGGAGACGGACGCGCUGUGCUACCAGCUGCAGGUGUAUCUGGGUCACGCCCUGGACACCUGCGGCUGGAAGAUCCUCUCCCAGGUGCUUUUCUCCGAGGGCGACGACACGGAGAAGUAUUACGAGAGCCUGAGCGAGCUGAGGCAGAAAGGCUACGAAGUUGCGCUGGAGGCGGCUAAAAGGCGGAUGCAGGAGGUGUUGGACAAGCACAAGACCAUGGACAGCAUGGUGGAGCUGCUGCAGGUGUACCCCGAGGAGGACGAGGCGUACGGCGAGCUGCUGGAGGCGACGACUCAGCUGUACCACUACCUGCUGCAGCCCUUCAGGGACAUCAGGGAAGUGGCAACGCUGCGGCGGCAGCAAAUUAAGAUCUGCCUGGAGACGGAACGUCUCGGCCCUCGCCGCGUGGAGAGCCUGAGGAAAGAGGAUGAGGAGUGGCAGAAGAAGGCUCAGGCUGCCGUGCUCGCCAUUCAAGACCUGACUGUGAAGUUCUUUGAAACCACAACCCGAGCUCAGAAAGCUCUGUAUGAGCGGAUGCGCGCCGACCAGAGGAAGUUCGGAAAGUCGGCGUGGGCCACGGCAAUCGAGCGCAUGGAGCGGCUGCAGUACGCCGUUUCCAAGGAAACCCUGCAGCUCAUGAGGGCCAAGGAAAUCUGCCUGGAACAGAAGAAGCACGGCUUGAAGGAAGAGAUGCAGAGUCUGCAGGGUGGGGAGGAUGCAAUGAUGCGUCUGGACCAGCUGGAGGCGCUGUACUAUGAGCUGCAGCUGCAGCUGUACGACAUUCAGGCCGAGGUGCUGCGCUGCGAGGAGCUGCUGCUGACCGCGCAGCUGCAGAGUCUGCGCAGGCAGAUGAUGGAGCAACAGGAUGAGGUGGUCUACUACGACGCCUUCGAGAGCCCAGACGCCAUGAAGGGCGAGGAGGAGCCCGCAUCCCCUCCGUCACCCCUCAGAGACGAAGAACUGUGCGUCCUCCAGCAGAGGACGCGGCAACUGGAGGCCCGGAGGGGCCGCAUCACUGCCAAGAAAGUCUACCUCAAAAACAAGAAGGAAAUCUGUAUCUUCAAUCACAACCAGAAAAUCCAGCAGCGCCACGGAAACGACGUCGACUUCAGCUCUCUGCAGGGAGGAGAAACUGCAGAAGAUGAUGAAGCAAAGAGAAAUGUAACUGUGAGUCAGGAAAGGCAGAGGACUCUGGACAGGCUGCGGAGCCUCAAACAGCGUUAUCCGGGUCAGGUGACCCUCCGGUCCAGUCGCCUGCGCCUCGCCCAGGCUCCCGGCCGGAGGCGGGCGGGGCAGCAGCCCAGCACCCAGGCGGUCAGCGUCCAGACCGACUCCAUCUCCGACCUCCCAGAGCUCUCUGCUCCGCCCCCGGCUGACGUCUUCAGCUGCGAAGGCGCCUCGCUGCCCUCCGUCGGCCUCCAAAGCGUGGAAGCGGCGCCUCCUUUCCUCUCGCUGCCUCCGCUCUCGUCGCCUCCGUCUCUGCUCUCGGUGGGGCCGCCUGCCGCGCCUCCCCCUCCGCCGCCUCCGCCUCCCCCUCUGCCUCCUCCCCCGCCUCCUCAAUCGCUUCCUCCCGUCGAGAGCCAAGCGAGCAGCCCGACCAAGACGCAAAAGUGCGAGUCUGAAAGCAUCUCGCUGCCGCUGGCUCCGUUUUCCCCGCGAUUCUUUGACAGCAGCCAGCUGCUGACUGCCAGGAAGAAGCUGAGGAAGACCGCAUCGCUGGACUCAUCACAGUGGAGGAAAGCGAGCUCGCCCAUGGACGAGGUGCUGGCCUCGCUGAAGCGCGGCAGCUUCCACCUGAGAAAGGCCGAGCUGCGCGUCCUCGGCCCCGACCCGGACGACGACGGCAACAACAUCCUGGCUCAGAUCCGGCAGGGCGUGCGCCUGAAGAAGGUCCGCGCCCGGCCGGAGCAACAGCGCCACCCCAAGAGCUUCCUGCACUCCGCCGACGCCCUGACCCGCAGCAUCCACGAGGCCCUGAGGAGAAUCAAGGAGGCCUCGCCGGAGUCGGAGUCUGAGGACGAAGGCCUGCCUUGCACUGACUGGGAAAACUAACAGAGGCUUAAAUGUUGAACUUGUUUUGCUUUUUUUUUUUUUUUUUUUUUUUUUUUUAAUUCAACGUGGCCAAAACAAAGAGAAAAUGAGGAUCAUGAAAUUAAUCAAACAGACAAGCCUGGGUUACCUGAAGGCGCCUUGGUGCAACUAGAAGAACAAAAAAAGUUGCGUUUUUUUUUUUUUGUUGUUAUUCCAGACUUGUGUUUGUAAAGACUUGUUGUUUUUUAAGGUGUUGCUGUUGCGGUUUUGGAGAGGACACAACCUCCGACCUCCUGUUACAUCCGAGUCGUACUGUAGCUCCUUGUGAUGGGUUUGUUUGAAGAAGGAAUCGUUUGCUCCUUUCUGCUAUAAGAGUCACACGCUCUGUCGCACCUUCAAACUUCACUUCACAGCAACUAUUUCCAGAGCUCAGUAGUACCUGCAAAUCUCACACAAGUGUCCCUGAUCACUGAAAGGAGCGGUGAGAUGUUGUAGCAAGAGAAAAACAUGGGGUCCGUUAGAGAAGGCAGGAAAUCAAAUCAUAUUAAUCCAAGACAAAAAUCAGUUCCUUUUUUGAAAUUCUGUUGGUUUCUUUGUGUUUUGCCGUAGCCAUCAGGCCGAACUUUACUUUGCUUUUAGUCAAAAUAGGGAAACAAGAGGUAUUUUUACUGAGGCUAAAACAGUACAAUGUAUAGACAAUUUCACUUUAGAUCGCAUUUGUUGUUCAGGGCUUCCCCCAGUCUGUUAUAAGCCUGGUGGGCCACCAGGCUUUAUUUGCCUGCCCACCAGGCAAAGUGUCAUUUGUUUACUUUAAAUAAGGUUAUUCUUUUUAUACACCAAGUGACAGAAAAGACGGAUUGAGCUGUGUUUAUAGCGGACGCAUUGAAUUGCGCCCCACACAUCAUUUCAAAAUUAUGAUGCCUGCUUGUGCAUCUCCUAAUUUUUGUAACUUGUAACAUUUUUCAACAUAAAAAACAUGGCGGGCCGUUGAUGAACUGCCGUAGUUUUGCCAAGCUUUCUUUGGGCAACCCUGGUUAUUAUGGGCACUAGCACAGGUUUAACAAAUGGAUAUCAGCUGGUUAUUAGUUUGAUUUAUCUGUCCUGUCGUCUUCUAUCAAAAGGCUGAUUAGCAGUGUGCAGCAUUUAGACCUGUAGGAAUGCUGACUGUAACUUUCUAAAACUUCGGUAUACCUCGAUAAGGCGGCCUGCCGAGCACAGACGCUGUUCAUGCCAGCUCAGUAUUUUUGAUGAAAGCUGUUUCUGUUGCCUCCAUUUCAACUGUAAAGAGUUGUCUGAAUGCGUUUCUGGCUGCUUUUAUCGCCAUACGAGACGAUAAAAUAUAAGAUUUACUGUUCUGUUUACUCAUAAUCUCAGCUGUGAGUUGAUUAGCUUCACUGGGAAGAAACUGAAACAUUAGAUAAAACAAUUUCAGAUGUAGGAAGCAGUUAUAACGAAGUUCACAGAGUGAGAAUGUGAUUAGAUUAAAUGCAUUUCUUUCCCAUUCUGAGCCGAUGCCAGGUUCAUUGGGACUUCACUGCCCCCUGGUGGCAGGUGCUCAUCUGCUCACACAUUUCAGCAGGAGGUGUUUCCAAGAGAUGCUUUUUCUGUGGCUUUUUUUUUUCUCUUUUCUUUUAUUGUGUGCUUUUGGACUUUGUGUUAACGUUUGGUGUGUGAGUGAUUAUUUUAGUUUUUUAUUAUUAUUAUUACUAUUAUUUAAUGUUUUUAAAUAUGUUUUUUUAUACUGAAAAUCAGUUUCUUUGACAAAUUAUGCAUCAAGUACUGUGGCUUAUUUGCAAGAUAUGUUUUCUUUUUCCCUUGUAGGUAAAUAGCAGGAUUGUUUGCUGCAUUCUUUUUUGUUCACUUGUUUUUAAUAUUUGUUGAAUGUCGAUUUACAGUUUCACUUUUGGUUAGAAUUUAAAAGUAAAGCACAAUUGUAAAAACUAUUAGUAACUAAAGAAAACCGUAAGGAAUUUAACUCCCCAACAGAACAGAGGGCUUUAGUUGUGUUUCAUACGGCGUCACAAGCAGAUCGUGUUUUUAAAUGAAGCAUUCAAAGAUGCCGCUAUAAUGCAUAAAACAAGUGUGUAUGUUGACCAAAGGUGUCCAGCACUGAGAACUGAAAACCAGCAUUUCUCUUCUCUAGUUUUCUUUGGAGAUUUUUUAUAAUUUCAAUUUGCAACACUUUUAGCUUGGCGUAGCUUAGCGGCGUUGGAUUCCUCCAGCUUUUAGGAUCUCCUUCAACACAGAGCACCGUUUACAUCGUUUUACGUUAGCAUAUUGCUAAGCUAACUGUGGCGUCAAGUAAUCUGGCUCAGACUGCUGCCGAGUGUCGAAGCCACCGUGGUUUAUUUGCAUGUAGUUGCUUUUCCUCCGCCUCUGUGAAGCCGUCACAGCUAACGGGUUUGUGUUUUCCAGUUUAUCGGGGGGGAAAAAGCAACCAAGAAUCCAGCUUGCUACCUUUUGUUGUUGUUAAACUAGCAUCCGGUUUUAGCAACUUUUGCACAAGACUGGCUUGAGGAGGGCAAACCCAUCACAACGUAUGUGCAAUAAUGAAGAUCGGAGAAAAAAAAGUCAUUUUAUGAUUAAUACUGUAAACAAAUGUAAAUCAUGAGAAAUGUAUCCACAUGCCUAAAUGUAUUGAAGUAUUUAUUGAAGCGUCAUAUUUUAAAGAUGUUUUUAAAUGUACUUGAUGAUGUUUCCCAUCACGCCAUUCCUCUCUGCUUUUCCAUAACCCCCCCAAAAAAAUCUUUAUUUUUCCUUUCAUAUUAAAAGCACCAAAACUUCUGUCUUUUUAGAGUUCUUUCAAUCUAUAAAACUGUAUAGAUGUGGAGGCUCAUAGAAGUUAACUUUGACAUUUUCAGUGGCUGAGAUUUUCUUUUAUUUUUAUCACCCUGUUUGGGAUUUACCUAUGGAGGACCAAAACUGACAAAAGUAAAAGCAAAAUAAGCUGAUGUUUGCUCUUUUUUUUGUUGCUUUUGUUGAACUAUAGAACUACUACGAUUCUCCACAGACUGAAAAAUAAAAGAGACCAAAUCACUGUCUUCAUCAGAUUUUCUUUUAAUAUAAACUUAAAAUUACAAUUUGUGUUUUAUCAUGUGUCUUCACUUCACAUUUAAAAUUUCUUCAAAUGCCUUUUUCAGCAACAUCACACAUCGUCGCCUUUAAAGUUUAAAGCCGCCACUAAAAAUCACCCAAAGUUUGACCCAAACCAAGAACAAGCCCUUAAAAUAGUGUUCUGCAGGUGUUCGUACUUUAGCAUAUUCUUUCAUUUUUGGCAACAGGUAAUCCCACAAGGAAAAAUAAAAUCCCAAAUGUACCAUCAGUUAGCUACCAUUGAUGCAUCUUAGUGCCCAAGGCAACAUCAGCAAGAGUUCAGAUCUGUACAGGAACAAACAGUAUUUGGCAAAAGAAAAAAAAAACUAAUUCGGUCGCAUACGUCAUGAUUUCCUUAUGCUCUCGGAAAUAAAACCAUCUUCACAGCCACAUACCAGACAAUUAAAUUAACAUUUUACAAUGUUGUUUAUUCUAAAUAUUUUGGUAAUAAAUAAUUUAAAAAAAAAACAAGAAUUCAAACCAUUGCACUUCAAAAUGCACCAAAAAGAAAAACAGGAAAAACAAUCUGAUUCACUCACACACAAACAGAAGAGACUGAAGAAAAUCCUGAAUCGCUUUUGGUUCAAACCAGUCGGCAGGAGCAGGAAGGUUACCUGAAAGUGAGAGUGGGAAGAGUUUGCGGUACCUCCUUUAGUGUAUUGCUCAUGGGUUGUAGAAGAAUAUAAGACGAACCGACAUCCUCGUGUGGCGGUUCCUGUGAUUAUCUCUUCAUCCUGCGAGUAAAGGAAAGAAAUCCGUCUCGAGUCGAAGGAGGAGCAGGAGCUCGUUUGGCUGAUUUCAGUGAACAAGUGAGGAAAAACGUUGAAGCGCAAUCGUGGAGUCGAGGACGCGGCUCCGGUGUUCCGCUGAAGCUCAGUCGAUUAGCAUAUCAUGGUGGUAAAAAAAAAAAA